AUGCCGGUAGUUUGUCAACUGAGCCACAAUCUAGCGAGCACUCGCCACAAAACCUCUUUCCGCAGUAGGUUGCCUCCAGUCAUCAGCCCACACCUGGUUAUGGCUGAGGUCCAGUGUUGGCAUCAUUGCAUCAGCCACGGAACAAGCGAUGUCAUGGCACGCGUCAGGUGGAGCCAUGGAGUGACGUAA